AUGUACGAGGAGCUCAUCGACCGCGACCCCACCCUCGCCACCGAAGAACGCAACGACAUGAACCUGGUGUACAGGGCAGCCCUUUGGGCCAAGGGGUUCUAUCAGCAGUCGUUCAUCAGCAGCUACCUAGACCUCAUCACACAGCACGGGGCCGACAUGCUGGCAGUCGAUGGCAUUGGAUACACGCCAUUGCACCUGGCGGCACUGCGUGGGUCUCCCUACGUGGCUGACUACCUCUGCCGCAAGCUGCCCGCUGACCAGAUCGACAGACGGACGCGCCACGGCAAGACGCCCCUCGCCACAGCUGCCUAUUGGCUCGAUCUCGACACCCAACACCUGCAGGACCCGGACACACCCGAGGCCAUCAAGGAGGAGUAUCGCGCCAGAAUUGACAACCUCAAGCUGAUCAUCCAUUCGCUGCUGCGAGCGGGAGGCGACAUCAGCACCAUCCCCACAGCCACAGAGGAGCGCCGCCGUCAGCUUCGGCUGGUGCUGACCGAGUAUGCCACGGUGCUCAACGAGCUGCCUAUCGCUGUGAUGUCGGCCGUCAACGCCGCCCUCGCCCCCCACCGCUCCCUCGCGGCCCUCCUGACCCCCCGGCUAGCCGUCGGCCCGCAAGAGGCCCCCAUCUUCGGCUGGCGCAUGGCGUCAUACCUCUUCGACAUGGAUGCCGCCCAGGAGGCCAUCAGUGAGACCAUCGGUGUGCGGCACAGCGACAUGGCCCGCCGUGUGUGUGCGGCAGCGGAGCACUUCGUCAAGUCGGCGGCGUACCAGGCCAGCAGCAACAGGGAGGUGGUGGGCGGGACGGCCGAUGUGGGCGGCCAGAUGGUGCGUGUGCCGCAGCUGCAGUGCUUUGUGGUGGGCGGUGUGGGCGGUGUGGGCGGCCGCAAGAUGGAGUUGCGUGAGGUGGUGCAGCGGGCCAUCCUGGACGAGGCCGCCAAGUGGGGGCUGGCGGGGCAGAUCGACAACGGCUUCAGCAAGGAUGUGUCGGGCGUCCAGUGGGGAGCGGUGGGGUGGGUCGAGCGGGGGCGGGACGGUAGGGAGACGUUCAGGUCGCUGCGGCUCACAUGAGAUGCGGAGGCCCACACAUUUGAGUGGCAGGCAGGGUUCGGUUCGGUAAGUUGUGCGGUGUUUUGAGGGCUGUGUGGUGGUGUCCAUGAUGUGUUGUCUGUGUGUGUUUGAUUCUGUCCGUCUGUUUCGUCCAAGGGGAGCGAGAUGUCUGUGUGUGUGCGUGUGCAUUACGACGGUCCCCGUGUGUGUGCGUGAGUGUGUCGCUCUCCCUCCCUAUGGCUCUCGUGUAGGCGGCCUUGCUCCAGUAAGUAAUUGGCUGAUGGACAUUGAGUGAUGUCAAUUUUGUUCAAAUCACAA